AAAACGGCGAAUUGCGACCAAACGCCUCAUUUUACAUCUUAUGAUAGAUACAUAAAGUCACACUCGAAACCUUCCACCACAGAUUUAAUUAGUAUAUUUAAAUCUGUGCUUCCACCUUCCACCCACAUAUUAAUGUAAUGGCCCACCCUCUAUAAGCGAUACUUUUUUUCAAAAACCCGCUAAAACGUAGUUUGAGAAACGUGCGAAAAAAUGGACAAAGAGUCCAUAAUACCAGAAGAAAUGCUUUGAAACGAAUAACUACGCCUGAUACACAUAAAUGUUACAAAGGCAUCAGUAGUCAAUACAUAUAUGUGUCUGUGGACCGACGUAGUACAUACUUAUUACCUACAAUAGCUUAUUACUUCGGGUAUUUUAAACUGUUUUAUGAGGAUGUUUUAUAUUAAUUUCAUUGAGAACUAUUUCUAUUCAACAAAACUUUGUGUAGGUACCUAUCUACAGUUAAAGGUAUGCAAUAUGUAGUUCAAGUUUACGUUUUACUGUUAUUACCUAUAAUGCAACUAAAUAUCAAGUUAUACUUAUAGGCUGAAGUCAUGUUAUGCUAAAUUGAUUUCCCUAAAACAAUAAACUUCCAAUACAUCAAUCCAAAACACAUAAAUUUGUAUAUCAAUUAUCUGAAGGAAUUCAAUUAAAUUCGUAUACAAACUGGACUCAAAGUUUUAAUUAAAUGCUCAAACUCGCAUAUUUUGUUAAAUUUUACCAAUUUUCAUUGUAGUUUGUCUUUAAAAUGACGCUCCGAUUAUGUAAUGUAUGCAUGCAAUGGAAAUUAGAAUUAUUUAUGUUGAGUUGUAAAAUAAUGUCACUUAUUUCAGGACAGCGUGUAUAUAAUACCUAUAUCUAUCAACCUAGAUAGGAUGGAGGAAUUAGAAAAUAUUCCAAAUCAGCGACUACUAAUAAAGCUCAGUUCUUUUGGGGAGGGACACAUAUUCGCACAGCUCUCCGAAAUUAUUAACAAAAUGUUGACAACGGAGAUGAUGGAGGACGAAGGUGUCGAAGAUGAGUUCAACAUGGUUUUAGCGAGUGAUUAUAAUUGGCGCUUGAAUAUUUAUUUCAAAUUGCUAAAAAAAAUUCGAAACACGGAUAGUGGAAUGAUGGACCAAUGGGCCGAGGAGAAUGAACCGACUAAACUACACGAAUGGAACAUCGUAGAGAAAGAGAAAUCCAUAUCCAAGUCUAUUGACAGUAAUCAGAGCGAUAGGAGGCAAUCUUUUGGUGAACCAACAACGAUCACAUGGAGUAUACAUGAUUUAAUUAAAUCCGCAUGCUUGCUAGAAGUUCCCCCAAGGACUGUGACCUUUGAUGAUGAGCAGGAGAUGAGGAGGGUCUACACUCUAAUUUAUGACACCUUCCGUUAUAAAGGAAUUCUCAAUCAGGCCUUAAACGAUGUUUCCUUCUAUCAAUUAUACAAUAAUAUGCAACAUUGCACCACAGCGAUAUGGUUGUUAUUUUUUGAUUUGUACCAUCGAAGUUUUAAAAAACGAGAUUCUACCGUUAUCGAGCAAGCGACUGAACUACUUACUUCUAUUGGCAUCAUCCACAUUGAAAACGCUCUGUGGGAACAACGUAUAAAACUGGCAGCGGCGAUUGCAAAGUUACGUAUCAAAAACAGCGCCCUUAGCUUAAAUGAUCUUCUACCGAAACACUUAAGGGACGAGAGGGUCUCCAAUGGAUUCGACCAUAAUGCUGUGACUUGUUGGAUAAAUCCCAAUAAAAUCAAGAACGAAAAUGAAGUGAUCAGCGUUUUAGAAAAGGCCUUGUGUCUAAGGAGUAUUGAUUUUAAUGCAAGUCUUUCACCAAAUUCCUAUAAAUGGGAUCAGUUGUGUCCAAAUUUUCUCACUUUCCAUCACUCUUUACGUUCAAUUCUGGCUCGCAGUUACCUGGUACAAAAGCACAAACUAAUUGUACAGGACAGAUCGUUUUGCCUUGGACCCGCUACUUUUGGGAAAGUUGUAAGCGAAUUGGAACUUACUGGAACUGUAAUACAAAGUCACGUUAAUUCUCCUCGGACAACGGCAUACCUUGCAAUGCUUUUAUCUAAAAAUGCAAAAAUUAAUAAUUUGCUUGUUUUUGGAGCAGGAUCGAGAAAAGAGGAAUAUGGCAAUUACUUGCAGGAAAUCGGCAUUAAGAACGUGCUAAUUUAUUCCGAACGACUAACUGACAUACCACCUGAAUCUACCUUUUUAGAGAAAGUAAUUGCCGUUUUUGCAACACCACCAAAUAGUUAUUCAGCAAUCAGCGACCCUAUCGAUUUGGUCUGCAGUCGAGGUGGCGAUCUUGCAAUGUUAGAAAUUCUAACUGAAUCGGAAAUUACAGAGGAGGGUAAGCAAAGAGUCGCAUCCAUUCUAGAAGAGCAAAGAAGAACGUUAAAAUACGCCAUGUCGCGACCGCAAAUUCAACUAGUAUUGUACGAGACGCAUUCUGAACUUGAUGUUGAAAACGAUGAAAUGGUUAAAAAAUCUAUGAAAGAAAUCAAUAAACUCACAACGUUAAAGCACGCGGCGCUGCAAGGAAAAUUAAAAAUCGACCCUUCCUACACUGAUCUGCUGAUGCAGGAAAUAAAUAAUAACGAAGCGCUGAAACUUGAAAUUUUCCCUUCAGAAGAUAGUUUACCAAGCGGUACAUCCAAAAGGCCAUCGAUUAUUUCUAAAGCAUCCGCCGAAGUGUUCGAAGACUUUGAAAAGGUGUACGAAGACGUUGUGGUGCCUAACUGUGAUAUAUUUGACAAACCAAGCCUCCCAAGUCUUUCAUCAGACGUCGAUGUAUUUAUCGAUCCAGCUAACGAAGGCUGCUAUCUUGCAUUAAUUCAAAGAAAGGAAUUUAUUAAGUUGGAUAACAAAUACAUGAUUCAAAUGGCAGAGACGAGAGGACUGUUUGGCACUUCCUCGGCUUCACUAAAUCGUUCUAAAGGACGCUCUUCAAAAACCAAAAAACCGGAGAAACGCGCUGCUUCACCGCCAGUCUCAAAAGUGAAACGGAAACCAAAACAAAUCCCGAUUGAUCGAAUAUCGGCACCUACCCAGGCCUCAAUAAGGCAGUUUAAACCUAGCCAAAGCAGCAUACCCCCUUGUCCAAAAAACCAGAAGGAGCAGGAUCAGUCUUCAGCUUCUAAGGUGCCUCAGACUCGUCGUUGGUGGUCAGAAACCGCACGACAUCUUGCAAAUUUACGACAAACCUUAGUUAACAAAAAUGUCUUGCCCAAUGCCAAAAAACCGAUUCGAGUGAUAGUAAAACAUCCCGACAAAGUUCAUUCGAAUUUAACAAUUGACGAACUAGCGGCGAAAAGUUCUCAAAAUAAUAAGAUACCUUUAUUUCCCAGAUUAAGACUAACUAGAAACUUGCAAAGGUUUGAUAAAACGCCAUUACCCGUCACGGUUACUUUAGUCAAAUUUCCGAGGAAGUAUUCGCAACUAUCAAAAUGACUACAUUUGAAAAAGUGAACAUUAAAUUGUAAAUUGCUUAUAAGAGACUUCUCAAAUACAGAUACACAGCAAUUUUGCUUUUAA